AGAGAAAGAAAAAUGACACCUUUGAUCUUAUUAACAAUUAUCGUCGGAGCAGUUUAUGCUGCACCGAGUGGAAUCGUAGGACCAAGUACAGCUGUGGUUGGUCCCCAUAAAGGAGCAGUAGCUGUUAGUGGUUCAGUCAGUGGACCCGUUAGCGUAAGUGGUGCAGUUUCUGGAUCUGCUGUAGUAUCUGGAUCGGUUGCUGGACCAUCUGCGGUAAUUGGUUCUGUUGCUGGUCCUACUCUUGUCUCAGAACCAUCUUUAGGUUUGAGUGCGUUAGUCGUUGACAACGGAUUGGAACAUGGCACGGUAAUCGCAGCAUCUCACGCAGCAACAGCAUCUCUUGCUGGGAUACCGCUAGCAGAAACUACCGUAAUCGCUGGUCCGGAUGGUGGAAUCAUUUCUACGAAUAGCAUUGCUCACGGUGCUGUAAUUCCUGCUGUCAAUGCUCUUCACGGAUGAUAAAGAAUAGUUCAUUUAUAUUUGAAAAGUUCUUUCGUCGUCUUAUUACAUUUUAAAA